AUGGAGUUGACUGAGUGGUAUGAAACAGUUUUUAUAAUUGGUAAGAGAACAAAUUGCGGAACAUUUGACAAUGGAAACUGCAAAGUGUUUGAUAAAAAUGGCUUCCAAUGGGUUAUUGACAAGCAAUUUUAUGACAAAUUAAAAUUACCCGAAGAUCCGUGUAAAUGGAAUCAAGUAAAUAAGCUUACCUUUUCAAAAUAAUAGUUUUUUUAAAUGUAUUAAGAUUGAUGACCAAUUGAAACUUAUAUUUAAUUGAUUUCCUAAAUAUUUGAAUUAUUUAAAAAUUAAAAAUGCACUAUUAAUGUACACCUACUAAUUUUGCAUAAAAAUAAUCUUAAACUAGUAAUCAAUUUUAGAAAAACUAAAUUUUUGUGUAAGGCUACAAUUAUUAAGAUUAUGACGAAACAAAAGCAAUUCUACUUAAGGGUUUUUAAAUUGUCUCCAAUUUUGUAACGUUUGACAAUUUUUUUUACAUUUUUAUCAAGAACUUAGUUACGAGUGAUUUCCUUAAUGGUGCGGUUUUAUACAAAUUAGUUUUAAGGUUAUAUUAUUAUAAAGAAAAGACACGUACAUUCAAAUUUCAAAUAAUCAUUUCUCAAUCUUCUUUAUAUUGCUUUAUUCCAAAUUUAAUGCACAUUCAAGUUAAAUUCCAAUUUCAUAAAUAUUUAAUAUUUUUUCCUACAUAUUAUUAUACAAUACAUACUUAUAAUACUUAUAUAUUAUUACAUAUGGAUACUAAUAAUAAUCAUGCUUUUAUCUUAAUAUGUAAUCAUUUUUAAGUUUGUUAAAAAAUGUAUCAAUACAUUUAAUAAUUGUAUAAUAAUCAAUACAUUGUUAGUUUGGUUUCAUCUAUUAUUACUUCAAAUCAAAAUAUAUUUUUGUAUUUUUAUGUAUGUAUGUAUAUGUAUUGAGUAUAAACAAAUUAAAUUAAGUAAUCUAUAAGUACAAAUUGGUUUGUAAAUUAUAAAAAUAAAAUAAUCUAUCGUAUAAAAUUAUAAAAGUGCUGUGUUUUAUUUAGGAACAAGUUUAUGUAUGGUUGAAAUGGGCGGAAAAUAUGUACACCCUAACCAAUAUAAACACGGAACAGUUUAUACUAAAUGGCAAACAGUUGACUUCAGAUAGUUUUUGUUGGAAUAUUGAUGGUUUAGAAAAUAAGUCAUUAAAUAAUGAUUUUUGGACACAUGUCUGUUUACUUAAAACUAUGCAUAUUAUAUAUAUUAAAUAUAACAUUGAAGAAUGUAUUGAUAUACCUAUAUUACUCAAAUAUAAAAAUCAAAUUUAUUCAAAUCCAGAUUUUAAUCAUCAUAUAGAAAUUUGGCAAUUUUUACUUAAUUUAUUAACAGAUAAUGAAUAUAAAAAUCUGAUUGAAUGGGUGGACAACGAAGGAACAUUUAAAAUAAUUAAACCAAAUACUGUUUCUAUUAUGUGGGGCUUGAUUAAAAAUAAUUGGCGUAUGAAUUACAAUAAGAUGGCUGCAGCAUUGAGAUAUCAUUAUGGAAAGGGUAUAAUUGAAAAAGCUAAAGGAAAAUUUAUUUAUAAAUUUGCCGGUGAUAUUAAGACUAUGAUUGGUCAUAGUCCUAUGGAUAUUAAAAAUAUAUUUGAACAAGAAUACAAUUAA